UCCAAAAAAUCAAGGGGAGUAGUUAAAUUUGCUAUUUCCACCUGAAUUCCGGGUUGGGCAGUGAAUGGGGGAAGUACGGGUUCUGCAGAAUUUGUGGGCUGCCAAUCGGGAUUUGCAAGCACAUCUGGAUACUAGGGGCUCUACGGGCCUAUGUGCGAAUUCUUGGUGGUUGAGGGACAAUACUUGUGCUUGGCACCGCACCAACUUGUACUGCACUUAUGGGACUCGCCAAGUCAUACUGCAGUGCUGGUUUGUGAAAGACCAGGAUGUACUAGACCGCUGGUGCUCGCCAGUUCACCAAAAGGUAGCGCAGCACUAGUACUGGCACUCUGCUGCAUAUGAGAGUCAUC